AUGUCGAGGAGCCAGUCAAGUCUGGGGUACCUAGAUGCAGGCCCCCAGGAGCCCUCUGCAGCUGGGUUAUCCCCGUCUCUCGGCCAGCAGUCCUCAUCCGGACCUAUCAACCUGUCCGGCCUGGUGUGCAAUGUCCGCCGAACCACUGGCAAGGAGCCUCGCCCCCUAGUUGGGGCCACCACAACGAUUUUGGGCGAUAAGUUGUAUGUCUUUGGAGGCCGGAUCCUCUCGCGCAGUAGUCCGCAGUUGACCUCCGACCUAUACGAACUGGACUUGAUCCGCCGGCACUGGACCAAGAUCGAACCGGUCGGAGAUAUUCCACCGCCGCGGUAUUUCCACAGUGUAUGCGCUCUAGGAGAUAAUAAGUUGGUCUGCUAUGGUGGCAUGUCGCCCGCUCCCGGGACGCCCAAGGACCCGUCAAACCCAAAUGGCCCGGAAACUCAGUCGGAGGUCGUGGUCAUGUCUGAUAUUCACAUUUUCGACGUUCCGUCGCGCGCGUGGACUCGAGUUGUGGCGCAUGAGUCGCCGCAAGGACGAUACGCACAUUGCGCCACGAUUCUUCCGUCCACUGCCUGUUUCACUUCUGCCAGUGCACCGCUGUCGGCCAUUCACCAUAACCCUGAGUCGAACCCCCAUCAAGGCUCUAUCGGGGUGGACAUUGAUGGCUUUGGAGGUGCUGAAAUGGUGGUUGUCGGUGGCCAGGACAGCUCAAACCAUUACAUCGAACAAAUUAGCGUCUUUAACCUGCGAAGUCUGAAGUGGACCAACACCAGCCCCCUCGGGCGCAGUUGCGGCGCUUAUCGCAGUGUGGUUGCACCUUUGGUUGGCAUGGACGUCUCAGAGGUCGGCUCUGCCUCGUCAGACCGGGAUACACAUGAGCCGGCUGAGCAUUCCGAGAAGGCGGGCUGCCCUAUGCUGAUCUACUCCAACUACAACUUCCUGGAUGUCAAGUUAGAGCUGCAGGUGCGCCUGCCGGACGGGCGCCUUGUCGAGAGACCGAUGCAGAGUCAAGCAUCUCCACCCGGACUGCGCUUCCCCAAUGGUGGCAUCAUUAACGGUCAUUUCGUUGUCAGUGGCACUUACCUGACCUCCUCAAAGCAAGAGUAUGCACUCUGGGCCCUCGACCUGAAGACUCUGACCUGGGGGCGCAUCGAUGCCGGCGGUUCUGUAUUUGGCCACGGCAGUUGGAAUCGCGGCAUCCUCUGGCCGCGUCGCAGCUCCUUCGUGAUUCUUGGUCACCGGAAGCGAAGCUUGGUGGAUGAUUACAAUCACCGCCGGAUCAACUUCUCGCACCUGUGUGUGGUGGAGUUGGAGGCCUUUGGACUCUACAAUAACCCGUCGCGCACCGCCGCCACCACAGGAUACAAGUCUUAUAGUUCCCCCUCGGUGCCCGCAUCAUUACAACGGAAAUUGACCCAAUUGACGACGGGCGGGCGACCAUUGUCCGCAGCAUCCGAUGAACUAGGCAGGCUGGCUCUUUCACUGCAUGAAAUGUCGGAUAUGGAGUUGCAAGCUCUUGGCGGAGAGCGAAUCUCGGUCAAUUCCCGCCUGCUUGCCCGGAGAUGGGGUCCAUACUUCAUUCAGCUCCUCCGCGAGUCUUCAGAAACCGGCAUCGCAGACGGUGCCACGCUUCGUCCUGGUCAAAUGCAACCUAGCCGCAACUCAAGUAUCACAAUUACCCCUUUGGCCGGACAGAACAGCAAUUAUUCCAAUGCGACAACAUCAGUGAACCCUGCUGUCCCGUCAAAGGCUCUACUUGAAAACCUUGAGGCGCCCUCUGCUCACGGCCUCACUCCGACUGCUCGACCUCGCGUGCUCUACCUCCCUCACACCAUCUUAACGGUUCAGGUGUUGGUCCAAUUCCUGUACACGUCAGCCCUUCCUCCCCCGGGCUCCUCCCUCUGCACCCCGCAAAUUCUCUGCUCCCUCCUCCAGCUAGCGCGGCCGUACCAAGUGGACGGCCUGUUGGAAGCAACCGUGGAACGAUUGCAUCAGGUUCUUGAUGGACGAAACGCCGCCGCCGUUUUCAACGCAGCUGCAAUGGCCGCAGGUGGUGGCCGAGGCACUGGAUUUGGUGGUGGUCUAGGCGGCACAUUGGAAACCCUCAACGGCGCGCAGUCCGUGGGCAACGACUCCAUACCCAGUGCGUCAGAGGGCACAACAUCGCAACACAGCGUCCUUCUAGCCUCCGACUCAUCCGACACCGAGCACGGAGUCACCGCGCCAUCGGCAUCCAGCAGCACAGGCGACCUAGCCAAUUUCGCCCGCGGUAUUCCCUCCCUCCGUAUCGAUACAAACCUAUCCCAGCAACGCAGCCGCUCCCGCGCCAAGGGCGACCGCGAAGACUCCACGAGCAACGCUAGCACCGCAACCUCCGCCUCCAGCGCUGACUUCAGCCAAUCGGACUCGGAAUUCGUCAGCGACAGUGAAAGCCGCGCCGCCUCGCGGGCCCACCGUCGUCGAGACACCAACUCCCGAGAAAUUUGGACCGGCGAUCUGAGCAGCGUGAUAGGGCUUCAGAAGCGCGGUCUACGCGGGUUGAUGGAGGGCCGCCGAAUGCGUGAGCGCAGCGUCAAACCAACCAGCACGAGCGGUGGGUCGACAUCAGUGCCUCAUUCAGCCGGGCCGGGAGAUCAACUCCCUAUGCAGGGCGUAAGCGUUUGA